GUAAUAAAGAACUGAGAGCGAUCACCUAUAAACCAUUGCGGUUUCGAGCUCUAACAAAAGAAGCAGGCGCCAGGUUUUAAUUAUUGAAGAAGACAUUAUAGUGCGCACGUGUGUGGGUGUGUUUGCUAUGGAUCAUCCGACGAUGCGCUACGAUGUGCAGAGCAAAGAGCUUAUCUUAGCCCAUUGCCAUUAUGUUUCACUGCCAGCGGAGCUUAUAGAGGAGUUUGGUGAACGCGCGGAAUAUCUGGAUUGCAGUCACAAUCGGCUGAUGAACCUCACGCACUUGUAUGAGUUUAAUAAUUUGCAAUAUCUCAUUCUAGACAACAAUCGACUGCACGAAGCACACUUCGAACAAAUGCAAUGGGCGCUGCCGAAAGUGAAGGUGCUGAUGUUGAACCGCAAUGAGCUGAUGGACCUGCAGAAGACUAUUCAACUUUUGGCGAGCAUAUUUCCAAAUUUGGAGUACCUCAGCUUGCACGGUAACCCUAUAUGCCCCGAUGAAUUAGAGCUGCAGCCAUUUUGUGAAUACGUGGAUUAUGAAUAUGAGUACUACAGGUCGCAGAUUUCAAGCGCUUUUGGGAGACUAAAAUUUCUAGAUCAUCACGAUCUGCAGAGAAAAGCGAUGUCACGUUCACCAAACAUAUCACCACAUCAAAAGACACCCAAUAGAAAAUUUUGGCCUAUAGCGAGAAAUGAUUUCCCAAGAGAGAGCAGCCAAUCUAUUACCGAAGGCUUCAAUUUCGGUAAAUUGCUUCCAGUGAAAAUUCGUAGUUUAAUACAAAAUGGCGAAUCAGAGGAAAUAUACAGCAUUACAAAUAAAGAUUUGUAAGAAUCGUUCAGAAUAUUAAAUAAAAAACAAAACCAAUUUGUGCUCAA